AUGUGUGUAGGCGAGAAUUGCGCUCCUCAAGCCGUUCAUUACAUGAACGCGCAACUGACUGCUCUUUACGAGAAUGCCCUCUCGUGCGUCAAGGAGCAUGACGUCGCACACAAGCACCCGGAACAGACCAAAUACUCUCAUGCUCUGGCCGAGUACUCCUACAUCGACCCGGAUAGCAGGGGACUACACACGAUGUUCAAGGCAACCUUUGACAAACCCUCUGUGGAGUUUAUCUGCAACCAUGACGCCGUCUUGCGUCUGAAGAUUCACAAGGGCUUCUAUCGUUUGGACUACACCAAGGCAUCCAACAUGACAUAUGCGGAGAAGGAUCGCAUACAGUCGCUUCACGAGGUGGAUCUCGCAUUCCGUGUCCCAUAUGACAUUCACGGCCUGCGCGGCAAGGACCAUAAGAUUGGAAACGGCCAGAACGUCAUCAAAAUGGUCAUCCUUGAUCUGCUGAAGGCGGAGUUGGUCUCCGUCAAGCCCGCUGUUAUCAUUGGCCGGGACGCCUUCGUCCACUACUUGGAACACUACCUCAGCUUCCUCCAUCAUGCUGGCAAUCACGUCCUCUUCUCGCUACCCGACUUCGACGACGACCGCUACCGCCUGACGAUCGACUACUCGCUCAUGGGCGGGGCCGUGCCCGAAGUUGCGGAGGUGCACGGUAUCAGCGUCGAGAAGAUAAAUACGUACCUCUCGUCCGUGUGGCUAAAGGCCGCGAUGUUACUCGGCGGACCCGACGGCAUCACAGCGGAUUGGAAGCAGACGGUCUUCGCCGAGUACCGUAGCACAUGGUCGCAGCACGUCGACUUGGAAGUGCACUAUGCCGUUCGCCUCGGUGCCCCGCGCAUCAAGCCUAUUUGCUCGCGCGAGGUCGUCCUGUACUUCGCCGUCGACGAAGUUUCAUUUUAUACAAGCACUGACUUCGAAGUGUAUUCUGGCUGGGAAAUCGCCAUUCUAGUUGAUGUUAUCUACGAAGUGGACUCUUCCGGCCAUGCUACUCGUUGCAUUCUCGACUUGUCAACUGCUCGCCCGUACAACAGCUUCUGCAAAUUUGCCGGACUGGAGGAGCACGACGAGAUCGCGCUCUCGUACUGCACGACCCUGCUCGAGUUCUUCACCUCCGGGUACCUUGACAUCAUGGAGAGCGUCGAUUUCCACGUGAUCUAUCACAACGACACCCGCUGGGUCACAGUCAAGGACGAUACAGAAUUCCUGCCGUCUUGGACGGCGGAUCACGAGACAACGGGUGCAGGGACGGUCAGCGCUGGAGGUAGUGCAUUUGUGAGGUGGACCGAGACCGUUACGACAUACAGCAUGCACGGCUUCGACCAGAUCACUGCGAUCUCACAGUCCUCGAUCAAUGCUCUUUUUGCCUCCCUCCACGAGCAAGGGCUUACAACAAAGGCCGGAGAGUACGCUGCGGUGCUGUCGCAAUGGGCCCACGAAGAAUACUUCUCGGCUUCAUUCAAGCCUAUCACGGUGCGGCUCCUCAGCAACGGCCGUGCUAUUGUCUGGAUCCAUCUCGAGAAGGGCCAUUUGAAGACCCUACGGAACUGGCAACUGUGGCAUGAAAACGAGAAGUAUGACUUCGACGGCUGGCAUCUCGCCUUCGAGGUCGAUAUUAAGAAGCAGUUCCACCAUGAUAUCAGUGUCUCCGACGAAUUCAGGCACAAAUAUAAAGAAAGCGCUGUUUUCAAGCAGCACGGGCAACACCACAGCACUCGCCUCCUCGAGCACAUUUAUCUCGACCUUGAGACCGCCGAAUUCUUGCACGAGUUCUCGAGCUUUGAGGGUCUGUUCCAGAAGCGGGAUCACCGUCCCAUCGACAAGGUGCAAGCCGCGGUACACUACAUCAAAAGCCACUAUCUACCGCACCUGGCCCACUGGGGCCUGCACAUCCUGUACACCGUUCCCAUCUGGCACUCUGGCACUCUGGAGACGCUCCCUUCCUGCUCACUGACGAGCAUCGCCUACCAUAUAUACUCCAAGACCCAGAUCACCCGCCAUACUUGGGCGCAUGUCGCUGCGGAACCAGCUAUCGUCAUUCUUGGCAUGAUCGGCUUCCGCUCGCUGCCAAGCACAUACCUUGAUGCAAAAUCUGCGGCCCGCUGGGAGGCCUACAUCGUCCUGCAGUCCGACCUAGACGGGCUCAAGGUAGCCGUCGUCGGCAGUCCCGCCGUCAAGUUCGAGAAGACCAAGUUCGAGGGCGACACCAUCGCCGCGCGCUUCACAGACCUCCACACGAAUCUCCAGGCGCACCUCCCGCCCACCAUCGACCUCGCGGACGUGCUGCGCGAGCUCCGCGUGUUCGAGGGCGUCUGGCACUACGGCUUCCCCGGCACGCACGCGUACGCGCUCGCGAACCCCGUGUUCACCCGCGCGGGCGACAUCCUCUUCGAGCUGCGCCUGCACGGAAACGGGCCGCAGAGCCCCAGCCGCACGGCGCCUGGCUUCCGCCUGGGCGUCGGGGCGAGCCCUAUGCGGCCUGGCAGCAUCAGCCGCUCGAGCUCCAGUGAGUACCCUCCUCGUUAUAAGCGCAGCGUGUAG